CAUGCCUUCUGAUAAAAUUAGACUUUAACGCGAAGCCGGCGAAGGGUCGAUUGACAGAGCAGGAACGUUCUUUCGGUAAGUGGAAUUAAAAGGGAGCAAGAUGGAAAUGGAUCCAACGGUGGACGUGUCAGGCGUGGCUCAUAAUUAUUCUUUUAUGUUCCACUUCGAGAGGAAUUGGGAAGAAUCGACGUUUUGGAAAUAUAUGAUCGAACGAUGGACCGACAGCUUUCUCUAUUCGGUCAUAUACGUUGUGCUAAUCUUUGGUGGACGACAAAUUAUGAAGCGACGCCCAAAAUUCGAUCUUCGAACGGCCCUUGCCAUGUGGAGCGGAACUCUAGCUGUGUUCAGUAUAGCCGGUGCCGUGCGCACCUUACCUGAACUUGUAUCAUCAAUCAAGAACAACGGAAUGCAAUAUUCGAUAUGCGUUCCUACAUAUUUCAAUGGCGUGACUAGUUUUUGGGCGUUUAUGUUUACCGUUUCUAAGGUGUACGAACUCGGAGAUACAAUAUUUAUUGUUCUAAGAAAACAGCAACUGAUAUUUUUACAUUGGUACCACCAUAUUACUGUUCUGUGUUACGUUUGGUAUAGUUAUACAGACCACACCGCACCAGGGCGAUGGUUUAUGGUCAUGAACUACACGGUUCAUGCUGUCAUGUACACCUAUUAUGCAAUGCGAGCUUUGAAAAUUCACGUUCCUAAACAAAUAAAUAUGCUUAUAACUUCCAUGCAACUUAUGCAGAUGAUAAUGGGCUGUAUUAUCAAUUAUAUGAUAUAUAAUAUUAAGAACAAGGGUGAAUUUUGUCAACAAACGUACACCAAUCUACGAUAUUCAACGAUGAUGUACUUCAGCUAUUUCAUACUGUUCGCACAUUUUUUCUACAAUAGUUAUUUAACACCGAAGAACGUUAAGAAGGGGCAGUAAUAAAUUAGCCUUGAGGUUGAGUGAAUACAUUAAGUAGACUACUAAAAGGAGGCUUGCCAGAUAGGCCAAGGCUAGUUACUAUUGCGAGUUAGCAAAAUUUGUUCAAAAUAUGUGAUUAAGUUAUUGAUCGUAGCCAAAUUGCUUUCAAACUCAGGUUUCAAAAGGUGUUUAAAAAAGUGGUAUAAGGCCAUAUUCUUCUGUUCAAGUGACAUUCAAAAAAAAAAAAAAAGUAGCCAAGAUCCAGUGGUUGUUACUAAUAAGAAGUGUGUGUUGACUCACAAAGACAGAAUGAUUCCCUUUGGACUAAUGAAAAUUGAUUAACGAUCAAUAUUGUAAUAGUGCUUUUUUUCUGUUGCGGUUUCAAUAUUAAUAAGUACACAAAAUUGUCCCAUUCAAACUCUUCACGUGUCAUUGAUUCCCAUAAGCUUACUGAUUCGAGAUAUGACAAUUAAACCCCCACGCUUCAUAAACUGAACACAAGACUGGUUUUGGUGGAAAUAUGAAUAACUAAUCAUCAAUUCAUUCGCAGGAUAACCAAGAAAUGUAUUAUUUCAUUAUUUACUUUUAUCUUUUCGAGGUGACUGACUUACGGUAUAUUUCUUUAUCUGUGUAUUGGACCAGUAGUACAGUGGACCCGUCGUUAACGAACAUUCCUUUUCUCCGAAUAUCAAGUUACUCCAUCCAGCAUUGCAGACUAGUAAGUGUAGAAGACCAGCACGACGCGUCAAGAGAAACCCAGAAGACAAAUCCGCAAUUAAAAUAACAUCACAUACGGACAAUAAAGUAAUGAACAACAAAAGUUUUUAAGUACUGUAAAAUCAGGUGAAUGAAUCGGGGGUCCGACCGUCAAAACGAAAACUAAACCGACAAGGGAGACAAUCCACGAAAAACGGAGACGAUUAAAUAAACAAAAUCGGAUCCGAUCCCCAAAUUGAAUAAUUUUGGUGCAUGCCAUGAAGGGAUGUGUGUUUACAAGAUAUCUCAAUGCUAGAACAAUGACGAAACAGAUUUAGAGCUAUUUAAUUUUUAAACAGGUAUUCAAAAGGGAGGACAAAUGUGUAUGGGAGAAUAGUAUAUGUGCGAAGAAUUGUUUGGGGAAAAAAGAAUGCGGUAUUGAACUGCAGACCAGAUUUUGACCCCAGGUCAUAUUUCACGUGUUAUAUUACAGACGGUGAUAUGAUUAUCGUUAACUGAUAUGAUCACUGAGUCGGGUUACCUGUACUAGGGUAAACGAUACCAAUAAAUAUAUAACCUACCUUCAUGAUAAAGUCCCUAAAAUGAAAUAAUUAUAAAUUAGUAGAUGUACGCCCUUUAAAAAAAUAAAUAAAUAAAAAAUGGACCAAAAAUGUACAGGUAUUCGGAUUAACGCGCACAAAGGAUUAUAUACAGGCGAUAUUUUUUCUCCCCGACUGUUGAAUAGUCCUUUUCUGCAGGCAAAUCUACAGCUCAAUAGAUUGUCAGUGACCUGCUUCAUUUGUGCAGUUGUUGCCAAUGAUA